GCGGCUCUUUUGUUUCCCGUCCGGAGCCCGAUUCGGAUCCUGAGUCCGAGUCGGGUCGGGAUCCGAAUCUCGGUCGGAGCCGGAGCCGGAUCAGCGGCCCGGGCUGGGAGCGGGCCGGGCCUGCCGAUGGCGCGCGCCGCCCGCCCGCCGCCCCCGGCCCGCGCCGCCUGAGCCCGCCCGCCCGCGCCAUGGAGCCCGGCCGCGGCGGCCUGGAGGCCGUGGGCAAGUUCGAGUUCUCGCGCAAGGACCUGAUCGGGCACGGCGCCUUCGCCGUGGUCUUCAAGGGGCGCCACCGCGAGAAGCACGACCUGGAGGUCGCGGUCAAGUGCAUUAACAAGAAGAACCUUGCCAAGUCCCAGACGCUGCUGGGGAAAGAAAUCAAGAUCCUCAAGGAGUUGAAACAUGACAACAUCGUCGCUUUGUAUGACUUCCAGGAAAUGGCCAAUUCCGUUUACCUGGUCAUGGAGUACUGUAACGGCGGGGACCUGGCCGACUACCUGCACACCAUGCGGACGCUGAGCGAGGACACCAUCCGGCUCUUCCUGCAGCAGAUUGCGGGCGCCAUGCGGCUGCUGCACAGCAAGGGCAUCAUCCACCGUGACCUGAAGCCCCAGAACAUCCUGCUUUCCAACCCCAGCGGUCGCCGCACCAACCCCAACAACAUCCGCGUCAAGAUCGCCGACUUCGGCUUCGCCCGGUACCUCCAGAGCAACAUGAUGGCAGCCACGCUCUGCGGCUCCCCCAUGUACAUGGCCCCUGAAGUCAUCAUGUCCCAGCACUACGACGGGAAAGCAGAUCUGUGGAGCAUCGGCACCAUCGUGUACCAGUGUCUGACGGGGAAGGCGCCCUUCCAGGCCAGCAGCCCCCAAGACCUCCGCCUCUUCUAUGAGAAGAACAAGACGCUGGUCCCCACCAUCCCCCGGGAGACCUCAGCCCCCCUGAGACAGCUGCUCCUGGCUCUGCUGCAGCGAAACCACAAAGACCGCAUGGACUUCGAUGAGUUUUUCCAUCACCCUUUUCUUGAUGCCAGCGCCACUGUGAAGAAGUCCCCGCCUGUGCCCGUGCCUUCGUACCCCAGCUCGGGGUCCGGCAGCAGCUCCAGCAGCAGCUCCACCUCCCACCUGGCCUCCCCACCGUCCCUGGGGGAGAUGCAGCAGCAGCUACGGAAGACGCUGACCUCCCCAGCCGACACCGCCGGCUUCCUGCAGGGCUCCCGGGACUCAGGCGGCAGCAGCAAGGACUCCUCCUGUGACACUGAUGACUUCGUCAUGGUCCCGGCCCAGUUUCCAGGUGACCUGGGGGCCGAGGCAGCCGCUGCCAAGCCCUUGCCGGACAGCUUGAUGUGCAGUGGGAGCUCGCUGGUGGCCUCAGCUGGCCUGGAGAGCCACGGCCGGACCCCGUCUCCCUCACCACCCUGCAGUAGCUCCCCCAGCCCCUCAGGCCGGGCUGGCCUGUUCUCCAACAGCAGAUACGGUGCAUCCGUCCCAAUCCCAGUCCCCACUCAGGUACAGAACUACCAGCGCAUAGAACAGAACCUGCAGUCGCCCACCCAGUACAAGACCCCACGGUCCUCCGCCAUCCGCAGGUCGGGCAGCACCAGUCCCCUGGGCUUUGCACGGGCCAGUCCGUCGCCCCCAUCCCACGCUGAGCACGGAGCCGCCCUGGCCAGGAAGCUCUCCCUGGGAGGGGGCCGGCCCUACACGCCGUCUCCACAAGUUGGAACCAUCCCCGAGCAGCCGGGCUGGAGCAGGGCGCCCUCCCCACAAGGAGCGGAGAUGCGAGGUGCCAGGUCCCCUCGUCCAGGCUCCUCCGUGCCCGAGCACCCUCUGCAUGCUGCCGGGCUGGGCUGCCGCCUGCACAGUGCGCCCAACCUGUCCGAUCUGCACGUCGUCCGCCCCAAGCUGCCUAAGCCCCCCACAGACCCGCUGGGGGCGGUGUUCGGUCACCCGCAGGCCAGCCCCCCACAGCCGUCCCACGGGCUGCAGUCCUGCCGGCCCCUGCGCGGCUCGCCCAAGCUGCCCGACUUCCUGCAGAGGAACCCCCUGCCGCCCAUCCUGGGCUCCCCCACCAAGGCCAUGCCCACCUUCGACUUCCCCAAGACCCCCAGCUCCCAGAACUUGCUGACCCUCCUGGCCCGGCAGGGCGUGGUCAUGACGCCGCCUCGGAACCGGACGCUGCCCGACCUCUCGGAGGCAGGGCCCUUCCAGGGGCAGCAGCUGGGCCCCGGCCUGCGGCCCGCUGAGGACACCAAGGGCCCCUUCGGCAGGUCCCUCAGCACCGGCCGCCUCACUGAUCUGCUCCUUAAGGCUGCGUUUGGGACGCAGGUUCCCGACUCGGGCAGCACAGACAGCCUGCAGGAGAAGCCAAUGGAGAUCGCGCCUUCUGCUGGCCUCGGAGGGAACCUGCAUUCGGGCGCCCGUGCUGGGGGCGCCAGCAGUCCUGCGCCUGUGGUGUUCACUGUGGGCUCGCCCCCCAGCGGGACCACGCCUCCCCAGGGCCCCCGCGCCCGGCUGUUCUCAGUGGGCUCCUCGAGCUCCCUCAGCUCAGCUGGCUCCUCUUCCGCCCGCCACCUGGCGCCCGGGGCCUGCAGCGAGGCCGCCCCCGAGGUCCCUGCGCCUGGCCACUGCUGCAGCUUUGCCGACCCUGUCACUGCCAACCUGGAGGGGGCCGUGACCUUCGAGGCCCCUGACCUCCCCGAGGAGACCCUCAUGGAGCAAGAGCACACGGAGAUCCUGCACAGCCUGCGCUUCACGCUCGUCUUUGUCCAGCACGUUCUGGAGGUUGCUGCUCUGAAGGGCAGCGCCAGCGAGGCGGCCGGGGGGCCCGAGUACCAGCUGCAGGAGAGCAUGGUGGCCGACCAGAUCAGCCUGCUGAGCCGCGAGUGGGGCUUUGCAGAGCAGCUGGUGCUCCACUUGAAAGUGGCCGAGCUGCUCUCCUCGGGCCUGCAGACCGCCAUUGACCAGAUCCGGGCCGGCAAGCUCUGCCUGUCGUCCACCGUGAAGCAGGUGGUGCGGAAGCUGAACGAGCUGUACAAGGCGAGCGUGGUGUCCUGCCAAGGCCUGAGCUUGCGGCUGCAGCGCUUCUUCCUAGACAAGCAGCGGCUUCUGGACCGCAUCCAGAGCGUCACUGCUGAGAAGCUCAUCUUCAGCCACGCGGUGCAGACAGUCCAGUCGGCCGCCCUGGACGAGAUGUUCCACCGCCGGGAGGACUGUGUUCAGCGCUACCACAAGGCCUUGCUGCUCAUGGAGGGGCUGCAGCAGAUCCUCACGGACCAGGCGGACGUGGAGAACAUUGCCAAGUGCAAGCUGUGCAUUGAGCGGAGACUCUCGGCCCUGCUGACCGGUAUCUGUGCCUGACCUCCCAGAGGCCCGGCCUGCCAUGUCCAAGCUGCUGGACCUUCUCUGCCAAUCCCGCAGGGUGGGGGCGGCAUGCUGGCCGGGCUGGAGGGGAUAUCCUGUGGCCUUGGUACUGCUCACUGGUGCCCAGGAAAGGACUGAGGCUCCCUGCCCAGCGUCCAGAGCCAGGCCUCAAGCUGUGUCCCUGUUCCCUGGGCUCCGUGACAGUGGACUUCAGGGCACUGGAGGCCUCGCACAGAACCUCUACCCAGGCCGGUCCCCUGGUCUUGCUGAUGGGCACGGCUCCCGGGCGGCAGUCAAAACUUCUCCCCCUCGGCUGCCUUCAUGGCAAGUGGGGAUGCGUGGUUCCCCCCACCCCACUGAGGACAAGCAGAGGCCCUGAGAAGGUGAUGCCCAUUCAAGCCAAAGCUGCCAGACCUGCCCAGUGGCUCCGCCCAGGAAAAGGUGUGGCCUCCUGGCUCCCCCCCUCUCCUUCCCCAAGACCAGCCACCCAGCUUUGUGAAUCACCCAGCACUUUAUGCAGGCGGACUUGAGCCAGGACUGUAGUCCUGGUUGUUGCACUACAAGGCGCGUGUACAUAUCUAUAUUCACGUAUAUAUAUAAAUAGCCCUGUGAGCGUGUAUGGGCGUGCACGUGUGUGUGCUGUGCCUGACACCCGGGACCCUCUCUCGGGGAGACACAGCCAUCGUAUUUAAAUGUUCUUUUAGGGUUGGACAGUACAAAGCACCGAGCUUUCUAAACUCAGCAGACGUUGCAGCCUUUCACAGUUUACUCCUAAAAUGUGUCUUAUUUUUUGCACCUCCUUUUUUUCAAAAAAGAAAACUCGAAGGUAUUGAGGACGUUUUGUUUGGAAGGGUUGGGCCUCGGCGUCUUGGUGGACGCCGAGGCGUGGGAGGUGGGUGGCAUCAGGUGCCUAUGCGUCUGCAGUGGCUGGUUGUCCUGCCUUCCAGCCUGUUAGGACAGCUCUGCCCCUGCUGCCCCCUCCCGCCCUGCAGAGGCGGGCAGGUGAGGGGAGUGUUUGUGCAAAAACCUCCCCCAUCCAGCUUUCACAGUAGGUUUUGAUGUCAGAGUGCCCCGCCCCCCCUCCCCCAACCCCCGCUGCCCCCUCUAGGUCCUGGCCGCCAUCAAGGGGGUCAAGUGAGGAGGCCUGCCUUCCAGGCUCAUGGGGACCCUCCCCGUCUGCUCCCCUCAAGUGGAUCCCCAAGAGUGCAGAGAAGGCCCGUGUGAGUCCAGGCACCCAUGGCAAGGGGUGUAGGGUUUUAUACCUCAGACAGAGGUCUGCCCGGGUGUUUCUCUGCAAUACUUGAAAUAUCACCACUGUGCUUGGACUUAGAAAAGCCCUGUGACUUGUGUCUGUUCUCAUCACGCGGUGACUAUUCUUUCCUCGCUGCACAGAAUGUGUUCGUAUUUAUUGCUUUACAGUCGACUGGAAUCCCGGGCGCUGGGAGGCUGGCGCCGCAAGAGGGACCUUGCGUAGCUUCCCGUCCUCGUUGUGUGGUGUGUGCGUGUGCCCAGGUCGGUCUGGGGCCCCAGGCUCGGGUGCCGCCAGCUGGUCCUGUUCUCCACUAGGCAGCGCUUGGGGCUUGGUCUGCUUUAAAAGGAAUUUCGUGUGAUUUUCCCCGUUCGUGUUAAAUUGUGUACUAGCAAUUUAAGGAAAUAAACCUUUGGAAUUGUU